UUUAAUGUUAUAUUUUUCAAUAUUACGUUUAUUAGGUGUGUAUAUAAAUUACGGUUUAAUUAUAGUUCCAUUUAGUGCUACAUCAUUUGUUUUUCGCCGUCUUGACGGCGGUGUUGCCAUUCAUGGGCAUCAUGGCGUUUGUGAAACGGCAUUCCGGGUAUAUAAUGUACCGCCUAGAGGAUCGCGUCUAGCUCGGGAAUUGGCGAAAGCGGACUCCGAUCCUCUUAGCACAUUACCUUGGGUAUAUGAAGACACGCUUGGUGAAAGCUUUACUAAGGAACAAUGCUUUGGAUAUCAGUUUUUAAAGAAUGAAUGGGCUUAUUUAGAUCAUUCCAUGGACCCUUUACAACCUGCCGGUGUAAUUGAGGGCGGGAAGUCAAACUAUACGGGAAAAGGGCUUAUUUUAGAGGGUGGUCGUGAUCGCCAGCGUACUGAACGUAUGCCGUAUCACCUGGAUCAUGGUGUUAAAUGGCGUGAGCGUGCUCCCAUGGGAUCUGUAACAUUUAAUAUGAGCCCUGAUGCAAACCAAGAUGUGCGUUUAGAUGAGACUGAUUUGAAUCUUGAAGGUCGGCAAUGGGGAGCCUGGAGCGUUCCAAUGUACAGUUAUUUGCCGGUUAUGGAUUCCGCAUAUAGAUCUCGCAAUGUUAUAGACAACCCUACUGACAUAUGUUAUCCUUGGAUAGUGCGCCAUGAUGUUUUUGAGCGCACUCCUAUUCAUAUGAGACGCGGCCCUAGUUUUAUUCCUGAACCUGAUCCUGAUAUGGUUCUUGCUGCUGCAGGUCACUUUGGUGGUUAUAUGGAACGUCCAUUUAUCCUUCCUAGCGAGGCUAUAAGGCGUCAAAAUCGUCUGCUUACGGAAUGGGAUCGUCUAGAAGCCGAAUACAACAAGAAUCCUGACCCUUCUAUUGCAGAGCGUAUACGUGCGAUAAAAGAUGCUUUAUGCGGUUACAAUGACAUGAUUGAUGAGACUGAUCCGGAGUUAACUACACCUGUUGAAGCUGCAUUGACUAUGCUUCGUGGUAUCACAAGACAAUAUAGGGAUGACCCUGCGCAUAAUCCCGAUGUGAUUGAUUAUUACCUUCGGAUGGUGCCGGAUCCAACCGCUGUUGGCGGUGGAUGCAGUCACUAUGAAGGCCCAGGAAAGACAGUAGCCCUCUGUUUAGUAGGAUACUUUCCUGAUCCAAAGGACUUUAGGGAGUAUACUUCGAUAGAGGAGCUUGCGGAAGCAUACCAUAGGUUGAUAACAGAGUUACGUUUUGAGGGCCGAUCACACACUGUUUCACAAAUGGUAGUUGAUGAGGACAUUCAGGAGUAUGCUCUACGCCGUGAACGUCGUAAAUUCCCCCGGCUGAUGGCUGAAUACAAGCCAUUAUGGACCCACCGCAAGUUUGGUCCUGAAUUCGGUGAUGCGUUGAAAACUGGACAGGCCAUCUCAGAAUCCGAUCUCACUAGUUUUGGAACUAACCUACGCAAACGGGAACGUUGCACAUCGGAAGAGGAUCGUGCUAAGAACUUUGUUGAUGACUAUGUCUGCUUCUCGCAGGAAUGUGGCUAGUUUUCUUCGCUGAUUCCCCAUAUAU